AUGGGUAAAGUUAUCUUGGUCACUGGUGCAUCCAGAGGGAUUGGCAAGUCAAUUGUUGAGGUUAUCUUGAACACCAGCGAUGAUGCUGUCGUUUAUGGAGUUGCUAGGUCUGAAGCUCCUUUGAAGGAGAUUAAGCAGAAAUACGGUGACAGAUUCUUUUAUGUCGUUGGCGACAUUACGGAUGAUGUUGUUCUGAAGAAAUUAGUCGAUCAAGCUGUCAAAGGUCAUGGCAAGAUUGACUCAGUGGUUGCAAAUGCAGGUGUCUUGGAACCAGUCCAACAUGUCAACGACAUUGUCGUUGACCAAUGGAAGAAAUUGUACGAUGUUAAUUUCUUUAGUAUUGUCUCUCUGGUCUCCAUCACUUUGCCGGAAGUGAAGAAGAGCCAUGGUAACUUUGUGUUCGUGAGCUCUGAUGCCAGUGACACUUACUUCAACUGUUGGGGUGCUUACGGUUCGUCCAAGGCAGCCUUAAACCAUUUUGCAUUGACAAUUGCCAACGAAGAGCCCUCGGUUAAAGCACUAGCCGUAGCACCAGGUAUCGUUGACACUCAAAUGCAAGUUGAAAUUAGAGAAAACGUUGGUCCAAAGGCUAUGUCUGAUGAUGCCUUAAACAUGUUCAAGGGCCUAAAGUCUAGUAAUAAAUUGUUGGAUAGCACUGUUCCAGCGACCGUUUACGCUAAAUUGGCAUUGGAUGGUAUCCCAGAGGAUGUCAGCGGCAAAUAUUUAAGCUACGACGAUGAGUCUCUAAAAGCCUUCCAAGCUUAA